CUGUUGAGGGUGGCAAGCAAAGAAGGCAGGUAGAGGAAGGUUCUCAGACCGUUGAAGUCACGUGACACAGAUGGAAAUAGACGGCCGACAGGGCACGAGGCGGCCUGCUCGUCAGACCGCCGCCGCCCGUGUGCUCGUUUCCGCCGAAGCUCGCCAAAGGGCGGCGGCGGCGAAGGCGGCCGAACGUCGAGAGCGGGCGGCGGCGGAAGCCCGCGGAAAGCUUCUCGGCCAGGAGGAGGCUGACCAGGCGGCCUUAGAGGGUGCUCUAGAGGCAGCAAGGCGGUACCGGGAAGCGGUCGAGCGAGGACAAGCGCGGGUCGAGGACGCAGAGGCGGACAGGCGUCGAAUGCAAGCAUCAGCGGCAAAGCUGCUGGAGAGGGUGGACGAACUCACGAGGAAGGCUGAGGAAGAAGCCAUGAAGGGUGCCCGGGAGGCCUCGUCGGCAGAAAGCGAGCGCGCGGCUCUCUCCCUCGCGGCUUCCAUGGCAGAAGCCAGGGCUAGGGAGAUGAUGGUCAUCCUGGACGAGCGAGAGAGGGAGGCCGCCAAGCUAAGGCGGGCGCUGGCUGCCAAGGACGCAAAGCUCAAGGAAAGGCUUCUCCGCCGUCGUGCAUCGGCACCUGUCGACGCGACGGAGGUUUCCCCGUCACACCAAGGAGGAACGGCACCGCUUCUGUCUGGAGCGGGGGUUGUUGCUGCUACUGAUGCUCCAUUGGCAGCGUGCGAUAUAUAUGAGCUGAAGGAGAGCAUCGCCCUGCUACAGAAGAAGGUCGAAUCGUCCGCGAAAGGCGUUUCGUAGCAACAGGUUGCUCGGUCUCCCUGCUCGGCGUCCCGAUUUUCACGGGAUAUGUGUUGCCGCCUUAGUAGGGUGUUCGAGAGUUCAGUGAUGACUGCCUUUUGGAGAUUUAUCUACAUUUCCCUAAUUUUUGGCAUGAUCGUCGGUUCGAGAUCGGCGGUUGGUUGGUCUUGCUCGACCUAAUACGUGAGUUUAGCCCGAUGAUGGUCAGGGGGUCCAAGUAUUUUCCAUGACAGAGAUAAACGUGUUACCCGCUUCCGAGUCGAACUCUCCUCUCCUUCGUACCUCCGAGCGCCUUCUCCUCUUCUUGAAAAAAUAUAUUCACGUGGCCCCGGAUGGACCGUCUUUUGUAGAAAACGGGACGGUAGUUAUUGGGAGGUAGACACUGCAAGCGAUGCGAUGGCAAGGAAUGCCAUGACCAAGGAGUGAAUGCUGGUCCCUUUUGCCGUGCAAUGGAACUUUCGUCUUUUCCCGCGCUUGUCAGGGAGACUCCCUGGCUGA